AUGUUUUAGAAAAUGUUUUAAUAAGUUUCUUCAAUCUAAAUAAAUGGAUAGUUUCAUACAGUUAAAUUAUCUAUUAGUCCUAAUGAAAAAUCUAUAGUAUUAUGGUUAUAACACGAUGGAAAUAGAUUUUUUACACUGGAUAAAAUAAAUAAUAAUUGGAAAACUCGAGAAUAACAUUUUACAAUUCCUGGUCUUGUCUAACCUUCAGGAAUUCACUUAAAUGAAAAUGGAAUGAUCCUUAUUAUGUAUGAUGUUUCAAAGAGAUAUUUAUAUACAUGGCUUAGAUACCAUAAUAAUUCUAAUUGGCUCUUAAGAAAUACCUUAGAUCUUAAAACAACUAUAGAUGCUCCUACUUCAGUGAUUAAUUGUUUUUUUUUUAAGGAUUAAGUAUUUAUAGAUUACUAACACACUUUUUAUAUUAUCAAAAGAGUUAAUCAAAAUUUCAAGAUUAUAAAUAAAUAAAUCUUUAAAGAUAAUGAUUAUAUGAAUUGUUUGGCAUAUGGCUAUGAAAAGGAUGUGUUAGCUGAAGUUACUGACUCUAUAGUUUAUUUUUGGAGAGAAAAUUAAAAAACAUGGAUUAAAGAAAAAAAUGCUUUCUACAAUAGUGAAAUUUUACCUCACCAUUGUUGUUUUUAAGAAAAUGAAGUAAAAGCCUUUGUUAAUGGAGCUGUCUGGAUGAUAUCAUAUCCAGAAAGGGAACAUAAGGGUUAUUUAGAUGAUAAAAUUACACAAAAAGCUACUCAAUCAUCUUUAAAUUAUUUCUUUCAACUUGAUAUACCAUUAUAAAAUUAAGAUUAGUUUAUUCAUUUUUGGUAUAGAGAAAAUUAAAAAUAAUUAAUAUUUGAUUAUGAAAAAUUAAGUUUGACAGCAACAAAUAUUUUAUUAGGACGAAAUGGAAAUGUUUUUUUAACUUUAAAAAUAUUUGAAUAAUUUAUCAAAAUAUAAAUAUUUGAAAGAAUAUGA